UUCAACGCUGUGUCUCUAGAGAAGAGGAAAAAUGGGAACAAAUAUUUUAAAAAUAUUUGUUGUGCUAAUUUAUAUUUACGCAUCGCAGGGUGCGUUUGGCCCACCUCAAAAUGCUGACCUCGUUGAUUUCCCUUAUGUUGUGAAAAUGGCGGGUGCCAAUGAUGAAGGUUAUAACUGUCCCCUAGUAGUCCUCAGCGAUUUUUACGCAUUAGGUGCUCUAUCAAUCGUCCUUCCAGGGACCGUGCCGAGUGAUUACAUCGUCUAUAGUGACAUGUUAGCUGCAACCCGCAAGGAACACCCACCCUCAAAAUUAUACAUGCUGAAUGAAGGACUUCUUGUGGUCAAAGUGUGCGAGCCUUUCUUGGGCAUCCCAAGGAUGAGUUUGGAGCCAAACCAAUUCCAUUCUUUUGAAACUGCGCAGGUGGCCGCUAAAUUGCUGUACUACGACAAUAGCACCCUCAAGUACGUGACAACUGUUGUUAACUCAUACACCGAAUGCAAUGCCAUGCUAGGUGCGUUAACACUGACGUUCAACAGCUCAUACCAAAUUUGCUCCCCUGCAGAAAACUCAACCAACGCCAUGUCGUUUGUUACGAGUACAGCUGGCUUACACUACAACACCUUUUUAGUCGCAGUGGACACACAAGUGGAGGGAAUUCCUACUUAUGUGGAGUAUGAACCAACAAACCUCGCCCUCGUGCAUCCAAUUAGGUACUCAAGUGUUCAGAUGUUCACUGAUGUAAUUGCUUCUGCUGCUGAUGUUGAUUUGAUGUAAUAUCUAUCAGCUUAAAACACGACACCGUUUUUCAUUCUUUCCAAAGAAAAAUUCCUUGAUUUUCAUAUAUUGUUUUGCUUCAAUUUGUAAUAUGUUUUUUAUUUCACACGCAUAUAAUCUAUAAUGUAAGAAACGCAGGUGAGCGUUUUGCUAGAUUUAUCACUGUAUACACCUGAUAAAUACACUAUGGUAAUUAAACCCCAUUAAACCUUGACCGACUUGAGUUUAAAACAA